CCUCCUCUUUCCCCCGAGGGCCCCAGCAACACUAGAGAGGGACGAGGCAAGCUGCAUUAAGCCGGAGCUGGAGCUGGAAUCAGAGCCUAGAGCCCCAGAGCCCGGGUGGCCACGUCCAGUGUCACGGUGCAGCCAAGGUGUGGGGUGGCGGUGAGGGAGAUGUGGAGGUCUUCUUCCAGAAUGCGAGAGUGAACCUCAGCAUCCGAGGUCCUGGCACGGUCCCCCUGUGCUCCAGCUCUCCCUCUCGGGCCAGGCGAACACCCAGACUGGAAGCCCAGCGCCCCGGGCUCCCGAGUCUGUUUCUUAUCCCCGACAGCUACCUGGCUAAAUAAUCUGAGGACUUGAGCUGGAGCUGCAGAAGGGGCACGAACGCCUAGGGGGAUUGCCUUUACCCGCCUGCUCCAAGGAGUGUGGGCAGCCUAAGGUUUGUUGCACGGAGGGACUCGGUGUUAAGGGAAUCCCCUCUUUGGCCUCUUUUCCUCCCUCCCCACCUCUUCCAGGUGAGCCCGCCGCCCGCCGGUCAUCCACUCCUAGUGAGCCUCUGUUAUUAUCUUAGAGGCGACAUUCCUCCCCUAGGGGUCCUCUGCAGGCUGGACUUGUCAUGUCGUCCGUGUUUGGCAAACCCCGGGCUGGGAACCUUGGUCCUGAGCGCCUGGUGCACAGUUCGAUCUCCGAGGUUAACGUGGCCAUCCUGGGUUGCAGAGGAGCCGGGAAGUCUGAAGACACCUACACCUCAGAGGAGACUGUGGACCAACAACCAGUCCUGCUAAGAGUGAUGGACACUGCAGAUCAGGAUGUCCCCAGAAACUGUAAACGCUACCUAAGCUGGGCCCAAGCCUUCCUCGUUGUCUACAGUAUUGAUGACCGGCGAAACUUUGAGGGUUGUAGUCAAUACCUGGAGAUCAUCACCCACCAUGCAAAGGAGACCCAGCAUGACCACCCUGUGCUGCUUCUAGGGAACAAGCUGGACAUGGCCCAGUACCGGCAAGUCACCAAGUCAGAGGGCAUGACUCUAGCUAGCAAGUUUGGAUGUCUGUUCUACGAGGUCUCUGCCUGCCUGGAUUUCGAAGCCGUGCAGCAUGUGUUCCACGAAGCCAUCCGGGAGGUACGGAGGGAGCAGGAGAGGAACGCACCCACCCGGCCUCUCUUCAUCUCUGAGGAAAGGUCCAUUUUCCAUCAGGCCCCUCUCACUGCCAAGCACGGCCUGCCUAGCUGCACCUUCAACACCCUCUCUACCGUCAACUACAAGGAGAUGCCUACUGUGGCCCAGGCCAAGCUGGUGACUGUCAAGUCAUCUCGGGCCCAGAGCAAGCGCAAGGCUCCCACCUUGACCCUACUAAAAGGCUUCAAGAUCUUCUGAGACCCUUGCCAUCCACCCCCACCACAGGGGGCAAUUAUAUGAGAGGCAAAAGGGGGCAGUAUGAGUGGGAGUAAUCCUAGGGACAACUAAUAGAACUGUGACCAUCAGUUCAGACUGUCAGAAUUAAGGGACUGAGCCUUUCGGGGCAGACUCUCCCCCUGAUUGAGUGGUUCCCACUCCCAGCCCUUCCCCCCCAAUUUACUUCUGGAAGUAGAGUUAGUUCAACUUGACUGGGGCAGCUCCUCACAAAGCAGUUCACAACCCCCUUGUCUGGAGGGCAGACUCUGUGUGUGUGUGUGUGUGUGUGUGUGUGUGUGUGUGUGUGUGUGUGUGUGUGAUAUUUUGAUCCUGCAAUCCAUGAAAUUCCAGUUUCCAAGGCAACUUAAGCAGCUGUGACCUUGGAGGAUAACAGCUGUGGGCUGUGGAAAGCAAAGGCAGAGUCUGAGGCCGGUCUCACAAACAAGCCGAGUGAAACUUGAGGAAUCUCUGCCUUUGAGGUCGAGUUCAAAGGCUCUGUACCUCUUCCCCACCCUCUACCCCCACCCCACUUCCUGCCUCCCUCCCUAACUUCAGGAGUUACAGUGGCCAGAUGUGGUCCCUGAAAUACAACCAGAAGCUCAGCUGUUUGCUGCAAAGAUUCUGACUCUCUACCUAUGGGGGAAAACUUUGAGCUUUGAGCGACCCCUGGUGGAAGGCAAGAGAAGAGCAACUGUUGAGUUUGGCCCACCAUAUGGAGAGCGUUGGUUUGUGGAACAGUGAGCCGGGGGCAUACCACUGAGCAUUCAUGGUCCAUACCCAUGAAGGACCAGAGGCGAAACAGUAUGGUGCCUGGCACACGAUAGGAGCGUGAUUGAAACACAGAGUGUGCCCCUCCGUUUUGGGUUAAAAUAGACCUUCCAAAGAUGACUUGAAGAGAAAACAAGAAAGCUCAAAGAGAAAUGCAGUCUGAAAAGUGUGUGGGGAAAAAGGAAGUGCCCUCAUUUAUUCUUAGGUGACAGUGGAGAGUUUACAGGCUGAUUGUAUGUGGGUAUACAAAGUGCUGUUUGGGUUCUUUGUUUGCUUAUUUGCUUGUUUUUUUAGCAUCCAUUUCCACCUCAUUCUUUUCCAUCUUUGAGUCACUCUCCAGACCCCAUAUGGGAUCUUCCAAUUGCCUUACUCAGGACAGAGUCUCCUACCGACGCCAUACUAGCAAAAAAAAAAAAAAGCCUUAAGGGAAAGAACACCCAGCACUAAAAGUGAUACGUUGUUGACCCAGACAGCAAACACCAUACAAAGUACCAUUACCUAAACUGGUUUGGAUUUAGAAAUGCAUUCUACCAAAUCACAGCUAUGCUUAGGCAGAACUCUGAUCUUUAAAACAUUUUUUUUUGCCAAUAAAAUUUAUUUUUCCAUAAGUUAUUUGGCCCUGCCUCUAUAGCUUAAGGACAAUAUGAAAAAGACUCAUCGGGAAUGCAUGUCCUCGGGGUCAGGCCACUUUUGGCUAUGCCUCUCUGUACAUACAGUUCAUUGCAGUUUUGUUCACAUCUGUGUGCAUUUAACCAUUUGAAUACAUAUGCAAGUUUUGUUGAACACUUCUGGAAACAUUUUAAUAAAGAAUUCUUAAAGAAAAAUGA